CCACACACACACACACACACACACACGUAUAUUAUAUAGUCACUUAGUAUCUUAGGUUAGUAGUAAACGAAUAAAGCAGCAAGUUGGUUUAUGAACAGAACUAAAUUGUUAAAAGAUGUUCUGUAUAAGAUUAACAAGGCAGUUUAAAUUGUCAAGGGUAAGGCAAUUACAUUCAACUGUCAAUGUAAAAAAUGAAAAUAAAGUUGUUAGUGAAACAUCUAAAACUGCCGAAACAUCACAAUCUACAGUUAACAAGGAAAAGGUUGACUUUGUAACAGAGUAUAUAAAAAAAUUUUGCUUAGGACCACCUAUGCAUGCUGUAUCUUCUAUGGACAAAAGAAUAUUAGUUUGGGUCAAAAGAUUUCCCAGUAUUGAUCAGGUACCAGAUUAUGUCUCUUAUCAAUGUAUACAACAUGCACAUACUAAGGCAAGAAUUCGUGUAUGUUUUAUCAUGUUCUUUCUUGGAAUAGUUAUCUGUGUUGCAGCCGUAGUGGCUGGAAAAAGAGAAGCUGCUAGUGGAAAAAGUAUAGCAACAGAGAGAGUGAAAUGGUACAUGGAGAUAAAGAAAAAAGCUGAGGAAGAAAAAAAAAAUGCUGAAAAUGUACAGUAAUGUUUCAUUUGGUAAUAUACAAUGAUCAAAUUUUUUCUUAGUAAUAUUUGGAAUAUUUUCUUAAUCAGCUGUUUUCCUCUUUUAUCAUUUUCUAAUGUUAUUUGUUCUAAUGUUACAAAAAAUAGUUUGAUGCGAUAGAUAUUGCUUCAGUAAUACGAUUCAAGAUGUGUAAAUUACGUGUAACAAGUAUCACAUUAUACUUUAAUAAUUUAAUAUAUUUUUGUAAUAAAUGCAAAUUAGAUCAUGUAAUUUUAAAAUGUUGAAACUUCAUACUCUAUGUAAAGAUAUUAUAUUAAAUGAAGGAAGUUUAUGAAGGAAAUUUUAAAGUUCCUCUAUUCAAUAUACAUAACCUGUGUACAAAAAUGACAACAAAUAAACAAGAUAUAAUUGUACUACA